GGCUGGCCUCAGUCGUCCGCGCGACAUUCUGUCCGCGAUACGAUUCGGCGUGAAUGUGUUGUGUCCAUCUUACUGGACCACAUUGAGGCGCCCGCGCCGGUCACAAGUAGACACGCGCCAGUGUGGAUUGCGAGCAAAAACUACCCCCUCGAGAGAACCGGUGGUGAACGGAAGAGACUCGUCGCGCUCGGUGACAUUGUGCUUCAAAGCAGUCAAUCCUUGUACAGUUGGUCCCCUCAUCUUGCGAAAAUCAAAACACAAAUUGCUCGGAAAAAAGAGCUUCCUAUAAGCUUUCACAUCUUGCAAUUAAAAAAUUUUUAACUUGAAAUUUACAGGAUGUGAAAACUCAUAAAUAGAUCUUUUUCUAAAUUUUGUUUUAUUUCUGCAAAGCAGAGAGAGCCAGCUACAGGAUAAUCAAGUUUGGAUGGUCCACGUGUAUAAGGACAACUGAGGUAUCGUCUUAGGGAACAAGUGCUUCGAAGCUAAAUCUAAUCCGAUGUAAUCCGAUAUAAUCGAUCGCUAGUACGUGGAAAAAGUUAUUGGAUCGAUGUGGUGAACGAACCGACUUAGCCGGUGCGCUGAAACUUUUAGUUUGCAAAGUUUUUAAAAGACAGAAAGUGAGUUUCUAUAUUUUUAGACUUGCAGGUAGAACAGUGCGGGAGCACCGAGUGCGCGAGAUAACGAGUUAUCUUGAGCUAUUUUGGCAAUUUAGAAAUCAGUGACGAGCACUGAGCGCAACGGUCUUUUGUAUCGCCGACUCAACUUGAGUCUAAAAAGAGUACGACGCGCGUACGACUGCUUUACCGUUUCAAGCUCCGCGAUCAUCACGUGGCCACCGCAACUUCGCCGCGGUGUGCGGUUAAAUUCAGAAAGGCGGAAAAUUUACGGAAUCGAAUCCCUUGUUGAAUUAUCAAGAUCGACCAGUGAAUUAUCAGAAGUUUAUCAGCGGGGUGCGGCGCUGCGGCGCGCCGUCUCGUCUUAAUCGUGGAAUGAACAACGUGGUAUCGAUCGUCGUGGAGUGCUGCUGCUCGACAACCGAGCCGGCUCGAUGCGCCGCUGAAGAGCCCGGCGAGGGAUCGAGAGGUGAUCGACAGGUGCGAAAUCGCGCGAGAACCGCAGUCACGUGUCUCGUGAUGAUGUAAGGUAUCUGAGAAACGGAGACGAAAUGACGCGCGACAAGAGGCUACUGCUGCUACUGAUGGUUUCCGGCCUCUUCGUGGUCGAGUGCCGGUACCAUCAGCGCGAGGACGAAGCGACGACGACGGAGGCGAGACACCGACACAGGCAUAGACACGAAUCCUCGAAUCGGAGGAAUCAUCACGAGGCCGACAGGCGAGAAGUCGACUACGAGUACGACGCGGACUCCGAGGACCCGAUCGACGAGGACGAUUACGAAGCGCAAUCCUACUACGAUCAUCGCAGAUCGCAUCACCGAUCCGCACAGAGGAGUUAUCACGGUCGGAUGUUCGAGCCACGCUAUCCGGCACGAUACCACGGAUAUUACGCUGCAAGCGGCUGGCACGACGACAACAACGAUAGACGCAGAAUCCCGUCGCGAUAUAAUACGAAGAGUCAUCGGCACAGACCCUCCAAGAGCUAUCACAAGCCCGUGUAUUCGCGCAAUCGCGACGUGUCGGAUUUUGAUGACUAUACGGAGGAGGAUUAUGAUUACGAGAGGCCGCGCACGUACGUCGAAAACGACGGGGCUGAUAAGCGCUACGAGAGAUGGAGAAAUUCCAGGCGACACGCGUCUUCCAGGAAAGACUGGAGGAGCAGAGUGAAUGGCUAUCGCAACGCGAGGAGAUAUCGCUUGGAGGAUCGCGAGGACGUCGAUCGCGGUGACGCGUUGCGAUCGACGGAUGAUUGGAGAAGAAGAUCGAACACGUCGGAGUCCAGGUACCGCUUUUCGAAGGACGACAGGAAGACGGAAGAGGACGAGGAUUACGAAGAUCACGGUGGGCUCGAGGAGGACGACAAGGAUGAGGAAGACGAUGACAUUUGGAAACUCAUCGACGACAACGAGGACAACGAGGAGGAGGUGCUCGACGACGAUGAUUCCUAUAAAAACAAGACGAAGCCACCCUUGAAGACUUACGAUGAUAUCAUCAAGAGACUCACGUCCGACGAUCCGACUACUCCGAAGACCACCAUCAAGAGGGAUUACCGGAACAUCGAGGCAAGCAGACACGCGAAACGCGACAAUGUCAAGGACUUCAAGUACGAUUCGAGAAACGUUUCUAAGCCGGAGGAUUUCUUCACGAGUGCGCCCCACGCCGCUGCUACCACUUCCAAUUAUUUCGUGAACAAACGGACCGCGGAGAACUCGACCGUCAAAUCCGCUGGCUCGGCCGAACGUAAGCCCCCGAAGAACACGAUCGGUCUGACGGUCAGGGACAACGAUCGGCAGGAGGGAAAGAGCCCGGUUAAGAUCGUCGAUACGCAAGCCAAGAACAAGAAUCUCGAGCAGGACCUGUACGACGAAUACUUGAACACCCCGGAUAACGAGAAGGAUGUCAUCAAAGCUGACGAAGAUUCGGGCAUGCAGGCGGAUGUUACUAAUACAGAUUACACCGACGAUGACAAUGGCGAUGAGGACGAGGCUACAACCGACAUUCUCACAACGUCAACGACUACGACGACCACGACGACUACAACUACAACGCCGAAGCCGCUGGUCAACCAGUACUACGAUUACAGGGACUUGAAAGCCUACGACAGCAAUAUCGGGUAUAACAGAUACCAAGGGAAAAAUGAACCGACGAUGUCUCCUUACAGCCAUUUCAAGUGGCAGUCACUCGGCACUCGCGAGAGUGUCAAAGAAACUAGAAGUCACAUGCAGCAAUACCACAAGAACGGCAAGGGUGACGGAAUCAAAGAAGCUCUUCAGCAUGCAAUUAAAGUCAACAAGGAAGGCAGCUGUCAAUGGCCACGCGCGAGAGUCAUUCCGGUUCGUAACGUUUAUCCAAGUCCAUCGACCACCUACAUUCCACACUGCGUUAUACUGCACAGGUGCUCGGACGACACCGGAUGUUGCAGAUCGGAAACGCUCACCUGCGUGCCGAAGCACUCUCAUCGCGUCGAGCUUUCUUUCUACACCACGAACGUGGAUGCUGCCAGCAUAGUAGAAAAGCUGUCGUUCUACAAUCAUACGGAAUGCGAAUGCAGGGAGAGAUCUAAGUACGGCACGAUGAACGAGAAAUCCGCGGACCAGGCAGUGUACCGGCAAUCUACGUCGCCGCCUCAAAAUAUGGAGAGAUCGCCGCCGAGAAAGACAUGUCGAUGUCCAUCGCAAUUUAUGCCGAGGAUGACAUUGGAAGGCAUCUGUCAGUGCAAUUGCAACGAGAACAAUCAAAAUUGCAUAAAGACGAGACGCGGAAAGGCAUUCUUAUCUCUCGCGGACAGAAUAUGCAUUCAGAAUAAUGAAUGCGCCUCACCCAACUGCGAAUUCGGCGAGUAUGCGUCGUUGCGAGGCAAGUGUCCGCAAAAAAAAGACACUUUCAACGCCAUAGAUCGCACGCAUCUCAAUCAUCGAUACAGAAUACGACGAGCUACAGUGGAUAGCGGAUAGUAGAUAGCGAAGGAGACGAAGAUGCGAUCGCCGUGCCAAUGAAGACGAAGCUAGCGUGUUAAAGCGCGCGAGAAACCGAUGGUGCCAUUUUCUUUUCUUUCUUUUUUUUUCAAGUGCCUUCGUUCAGAGAGACUCAUUAUAUAUGUACGUGUACCCCGCGUGUUAUUCUGUAUAAAUGUACGUCGCUGUCUAGACCGUACGCGUGUAUCGUCGUCGUUUUCUUUCUUCUUUUCUAUUGCGAUCAACGAUACAAAGUGAUAAGUGAUCGUCGAUUUUCGAUACCAGUGAUCGUCGCGGGGGACAGAAUAAAAUAGUAUUUCAAUGUUUAACUCUCGCCCGGCGAAUAUUAACCGGUUCCAUUCAGACCCAGUCCCGGAAGACUGUUAUGUCGCAGUCGUUUUACUUCGCUCGAGACAAAACAAUAUCCUACCUCCCGUCCCCAUCUUCUGUCUUCGGAGUGUAAAACAAAAUUUCACUUGAGUUCGAAUGGAUCCGGUAUCCGCCGUGCGGUUGGCGGUCAGGCGAUUCGCCGUCCAAGGGUUAAAAGUAAUGUGGAUAAUUUUAGAGCGUCAAUGUGAAAAUGAAUAAAUCAUUAUUCAAUUAUCGGAUUUUGAAAUGAAAGAAAAAUAAUAUUUCAUAUAAUUCUGAAGCAAUUUUCAAGAUAAAAUGAUAUAAAUUACAUUGCAAAAUUACCAGUGAAGAUGAAAUGCUUUUAGUAAUAAUUUUUUUAAGGAAACUCGUUAAAGAAGACUGUUUUUUGAGCAAGAAUCUCGUCGACGGAAAAAACUCGUUUUAAAAAAUCGCACGAAAUAAUAUCGCCAUUCGAAAUUAUAUAGAUCCGAGAAGGUGCGAUCUGAGAAGUCUUUUAAGUUAAUAAUAAUUUUGUCUUUAGUUUACGCUGAGAAGACCUCGGACGCGAGCCUAGUCUGAGAUGCUGUUUUCCUUCUGCGUGAGGAGACUCUUUAUUCAUUAAAUCUCGCGAGGAUGAUUAAGUUUAUCCUUCUAAUUCUGUUAAUUCUAUUAAUUAGACAUGAUUAUAUAAAUAUAAAUGUAAACCAGUUUUAUCUAAAACGUAUUUAUGAAUGUAAUAGAUUAAAAUAGUGAAAUCCGAAUAUAGACACGAGCGAUCGCGCAGAAUUGAAACAGAUCAUUAAUGUAUCCACAUUUUGUAUGUUAUACGAUAGAAUCUCUUUAUUGUAUUUAAUCGAGCAUUAAUAUACGCCACAUUCGUUAAUUUAAUAUUUAAUCAGUAGAUGUAACAACUGGACGCACUCUUUUUGCGUCUCUAUGCAGGUGAUGUAACACGAAGAAAGCUCUUAACAUUACGUUGUAGCCGCGUAUUUGUAACUUUGUAUUUUCUAUGUUAUUAAUAAAACAGCAAAA